CUAUGGGGACUUCAUGUAACCUGGCUUUUGGUUUAACCGCUGACCAAUCUACUUUCACGAAAAAAAGAAAGAAAACUAGAUAUCCACGUGAAUAUCCGUGCAAGAAAUAAACAGUUUGGAAUGAGGCCUUUAACAGAGGAAGAAACCCAAAGUGUGUUUGAAAAGCUGGCAAAAUAUAUUGGGGAUAAUAUAAAACUUCUCAUCGACAGACCAGAUAGAAAUUAUUGUUUUAGAUUGCAUGAUGACCGAGUCUACUAUGUAAGUGAAGAAAUCAUGAGAAAAGCCACAAAUAUAGCCAGAGAAAACCUAAUAAGUAUUGGAACAUGUAUUGGGAAGUUUACAAAGACAAGAAAAUUCAGACUUCACAUUACAGCACUUGAUUUCAUGGCACCAUAUGCCAAGUCUAAAAUCUGGAUGAAGCCAGCAGGAGAGCAGUCUUUUCUCUAUGGGAAUCACCUUUUGAAGUCUGGCCUUGGGAGGAUAACAGAAAACACACCACAGUACCAAGGAGUUAUUGUAUACUCUAUGAAUGACCUUCCACUGGUUUUUGGUGCCACGUCUCGUUCAACACAAGAUUGUCGCCAAGCAAAUCCUACAGAUAUCGUGUGUUUCCAUCAAGCUGGUUUUGGGGAAUACUUGAGAUCUGAGGACACUUUGACAUAAAAAAAUACUGAGAACAAUAAAAGAUCACUUUUUAGGCA